AUGGCCGAUCCAUUGGUCCUUCCAGUCGAUUUGAACUUUGACAAUGCUGGCAAUAUGUAUGUUUGUGAAAGUGGCAGCCACCGUGUACAGGUUUUUGCUUCAAUUAAAAUUCAAUCAUGUUCAACAUCAAAAGGUAAUUUAAAUGCUUCUUGGUUGACCACUGGUUUUGUUAACUUUUUUCCUUCUUUGUUAUCAUCUAUGAGAGCAAUAUCAAUCAUUUUCACACUUUCGUUCUACUAUGCCGAAUAUUUAAGUGCAACUGUUGUCACAAUGUUUACAUGGUUCAAUAUGGAGCUAUUUUGAUCGUCAUUGACUAGGUUAUGAGAUGAACACGAAGAUUUUCACUUUUGAUUACAUCAUUUCUGAUUCUUUCUUUUCUCUUCAUUUGCCUUUCAGUACCUUCAAAAAGGAAAUUUAACCAAAUUUCAAUUUGGGUGUGGGUGUGUGGGUGUUCAUGCCAAAAAGACUCAGAUCCAGGCGAAUAUUUACAAUCGAACCCACACACGCCCACAUCCCUUUUUUAUCAUUGUCUUUGAUCAAUCCAAAUAAAGAAUCUUAACUCUUAAGCAAAUGUUAUCUGAUGAGCGCGAUCAGAAAAUAAUUUCGACAUCCAACAAAGAGGUAUGUAUGACUAUGGUUACGAUUGGCUGUGAACGUACAGAUGUCGAUAUUCUCUUUAACAACACUCACACUCACACCUCCUCAGUAAGAAUUAGAAAAGGAAAGCGAGAAAAAAAAAUUGAAAAGAACACUGUCGAGAAAUAAAAACAUAAAAGAAUGAGUUGACAGAAGGGUAGUGAAUGUACACGGUUACAAGAAUAUGUACACACACACAGGGUGUUUACCUAAGAGAGUGCACAUGUCUUUUUAAUCGUUAACAUACACAUGCAACCCUUUUACCAACUCAUUCUUUUGCGUUUCUCUUUCUCGAUACGCCUCUCAAAUAUUUUCUCUUAUUAUUUUUCUGAUUCUUGUUGAAUGUAAAUGUUGAAGAGUUAUUCGUGCGUUGUGAUUCUUACUGCGGAUGAUGUAGAUAGUGAAAUAUUGAAUUUAAGAUGAAUUUAAAAUUUGGUUCCAUUAAAACGAUUAAUAUUCAAAAUUUAUAUGUAUGUGACAAAAACAUAUUUCUUUAUUUUACUUGCCGUAAGCAAUAUUGUGCAUACAAUCAAGGCUCUCGAUUGUUUUUGAGAGUGGGGGGGGGGGGGGGGGGGGGGACGUUUUUUUUUUUUUUUCUUUCUCACCCCACGUUCUGUGCGUUUCGUAAAGGCAGG